CAACUCUCCCAAGUGUUUCAGUAUUCAAUAAACUAAUUAAGAGAUUUGUAUGCAUGGGUUCUUUAAACAUGGAGUUGAAAAAGGGCAAGGUUCUGUUCAUCAUGGGAGCAACCGGGACCGGGAAAUCGCGCCUCUCGAUCGAUCUGGCGAGCCGAUUCGCGGCCGAGUUAAUCAACUCCGACAAGAUGCAAGUGUACAAGGGGUUGGACAUUGUGACCAACAAGGUUAAGGAGGAGGAAAGGCUGAAUGUGCCUCACCAUUUGCUUGGAGAAGUGGACGACCCGGAUUCGGAUUACACCGCGCUCCAUUUCUGCUACGAGGCCAUGUCCGCUAUCGACCGGAUAUUGGGUUCGGGUCAGGUCCCGAUCAUCGUGGGCGGGUCCAACUCUUUCAUUGAAACACUCGUGGAAGACCCGAUCAUCAAGUUCAAAUCCAGAUACGAUUGCUGCUUCAUUUGGGUCGAUGUUUCCUUGCCUGUCCUGUUUAAUUAUGUUUCCAAACGGGUUGAUCAAAUGGUGGAUUCGGGGCUAGUUGAAGAAGUGCGUCAAAUUUUCGACCCGAAGGCGGAUUACAGCCGGGGAAUACGUCGGGCAAUCGGGGUUCCGGAGCUGGACGAGUAUUUCAGGGCAGAGCAGUCGACGGAACUGGAUGAGACGGAUAAGGAGCUAUUGCUGGCGUCAGCAAUUCAGGAGAUUAAGGACAACACGUGCAAGCUAGUUCGGCGUCAGCUGGAGAAGAUUGAGAAGCUGAAGGAGGAGCGUGGGUGGGAAAUCCACCGCGUGGAUGCCACGGCGGUGUUUGAGAAUUCCGGGAACAAGGAAGAAGCGGAGAUUGCUUGGAGAGAGAAUGUCUUCCAGCCCAGCAUUCAGACAGUGGCCGAUUUCCUGUCCGGCGGUCGCAACAACAAGAUCAUCUUCGAGGAAGUUAAGGAUUAAGCGCUGAUGCACUCACUAAUUUAAAUCAAGCUUAUAAUCUAGAUUAUUUUUGCCCAAAUCGACCUAUUUAUACUUUUGGAUUCCAUCCUUAUUUUGGCC